AUGUCCAUUUGGGAUGCCUUGACUGGACGCAAGUCGUCAUCCCAGACGUCGUCGCCGAGACCACCGGCUGCGCCGACAACAACCGCCUCGUCCUUUUCUUCAUCUCCCUUCGAUCCUACGUCCGUCCAAGGCGUCGAUCAGUUUCUAGGCAGCUCCUCCUUCGCCGACCCUACACAACUACAUCCUCUCGCAGGGCUGAACAAGGACACGCUCGAUUACAUAACCCUUGAAGAGUCUGCGCUCUCCGAGCUGCCGGGCUCCCAAUCCGUACUGCCAUCCCGUGGCUUCACCGAUGACUUGUGCUAUGGCACUGGCACCACAUACUUGUUAGGCCUGUCGAUAGGCGGCGCGUGGGGCUUGCAGGAGGGUCUGAGAAAGUCGGUCAACCAGCCGCCAAAGUUACGACUGAACUCGGUGCUCAACUCCGUCACCCGAAGAGGCCCGUUCCUGGGUAACUCAGCCGGCGUGGUUGCCAUCUGUUACAACCUCAUAAAUUCCUACAUCGGAUAUCUCAGGGGAAAGAACGAUGCCGCCAACUCCAUCCUCGCUGGCGCGCUUAGCGGCAUGCUGUUCAAGAGCACAAGGGGGUUGCGGCCGAUGAUGAUUUCGGGAGGCAUUGUAGCGUCCAUUGCCGGACUCUGGGCGAUUGUCCGGCGGUCAGCCUUUCCUAUCCCGGAACCCAAGGCUGAGGCUCAUGCGAUGCUGUGA